UGACAUGACUUUUGCAGAAAACAACAAAUUUAUGUGAUUCCCUAUUCACAGUAUUCUCAUUAUUUGUGAUUAUUCUGAUUAUGUGUCAUCAAAGAUCUAAUAAUAUUAAAUAUAAAAUUCUUUGAAGUUGAUAUGAAUAUGAGUUGAUUCGAUUACUUUGUUCCAUCAAUUAUUUGUUGAUACUUAUCAUACAACAACACUUUUAUCAGUCUGGUCAAUAAUUAAAGGAUUAAUUUUACAUUUUCUAUAUAGCAAUGAACUCAUCAUUAUAAAAGUUUUGAAUAUUCCAGUACGCAGUAAAUAUUACACAUUUCAUAGUUUAAACCUGGAUACUGGAUAGAACUAAACUAACAGAUAUGAUGGGUUUAUUUGGAACAUCCAAUGAUCCUGUAGUUGAUGAAGUAGAGUCGGCCACAACUGAGAAAAAUGUUGAGGAGGAUUGGAGUCUUAUUAUGAACAUUUGUGACAGUGCUGGAAAAUCACCAGAGGAUGCAAAGAACUACCUUCAAGCUAUAACCAAACGUUUAUACAAUCCUGAUCCCCAUGUUGGUAUUAAAGCUGUGACUCUAUUGGAUGCAUGUAUCAAGAAUUCUGGCAAAAAAUUUCACACAGAAGUUGCGUCUAGGGAUUUUGAAACCCAUUUCACAAAAUUGAUGACCAAGGCACAUCCAAAUGUAUCAAAAAAGCUUAGGGAAUCUUUGAAAAAGUGGGCUGACAAUGAAUUCAAAUCUGAUGUCCAGCUUAGUUUAAUACCAUCUAUGAUAUCUAAGUUGAAGGAUAUUGGCUUGGAUUUUACUGUGGAAGAACUGCCCGCCAAAAAAACGACUCCGGUCAGCAAAGACCCUAACGUCGUUGAGUCGCAAGAGGAGGAAGAACAGAUCAUGAAAGCCAUCGAGCUAUCUCUCAAGGAAUCCGGUUCUCCCAGGUCCACCUCUAAGUUGAAUCAAUCCAACUCCUUGUACCCUUCAGUCAAUAUGUCGGGAUCCGCUUCUUUGCCGGCUAGUUCCGUUCCAGCUAAAGAGUCCAGGAAGGUGAGGGCUUUGUACGAUUUCGAAGCAGUCGAGGACAACGAGUUGACGUUUACUAGUGGAGAAAUCAUAUUUGUGCUAGACGAUAGCGACUCCAACUGGUGGAAAGGAAGUAACCAUAGAGGAGAAGGACUAUUUCCAGCCAAUUUUGUUACAGCUGAUUUAUCAGUGGAACCAGAAUCAUUCUUGUACGAUAAAGCAAAGAAAAUGGUUCAGUUCAAAGAACCUGCUGAGGUUAAGAUAAUGAAAGAAGAACCAGAAGUGAUAGAAAUAAAUGAGCAGAAAAUUGAUAGAUUAUUACAUUUGUUACAUGAAGCUGACCCCACAAACCCAGAGAAAGACACUGAAGAGAUGCUUCAUUUAGAAAAUGAAGUUAAUAGAAUGGGACCUUUGAUAGAUGCAGAAUUAGAAAGGGUUGAUAGAAAACAUGCUCAGCUGACGCAACUCAGCGGUGAUCUUGUUGAUGCGUUGAGUCUGUAUCAUACUUUGAUGAGGGAGCAAUCAUUCUCAGUUGCUGGAAAAAUGGGUUAUGGUUACCAACCUCCUUCUACCCCCAUGGGAUUUCCACCCGGUAUGCACAUGGGGCCGCCCCCCGGCAUGCCCCACCAACCGCACGACCGGCCGCAGUACGCGAUGCCGCCCCAGCCCGGCCCGCCGCCCCAGCAGUUCCACCCGAUGAUGGCCGCCGGGCAGGGCUCGAUCCCGCCGGGACGGCUGCCGCCCACAGUCGGCCAGAUGGGCGGGCCGCAGAUGCACAUGCACCAGCACGAGCAGCAGCUGGCGCAUUAUCCUGGACCCGGAUUGCCAAAUUUUGGACCACCUGGUAUGGUACAUCAGAAUUUUCCUCCGUCUGGGCCUGUAUCUCAAACGAAUAUCCAAAAUUCACCGCAGCCAGGGCCCCAGUUUGUGACCUCUAGUACCCACCUAACACACUAGAUGCACUUCUGCGAAAUUACUACCCAAAAAUAUGUGAUGUAUUCAUAAUAUAGUCCUGUCUCUGAGUAUGUAUAAAAAUUUCAAUAAUGCUAUUAUAAAAAUAUAUGUUACUAUGG